AUGACUAAAAGAGCCAAGCUCCCCAAGCCACCUUACCCUCUUCCUUCGAAGCUCCAACACAAGCUGAAGAAAAAGCGAUCUGUCCCUUCAGCCCAGUCUAAUCCCGAGUCCUCUCAAUCUCAUAAACGAAGGAGACUUUCUACCAGCCAAGAUGUCCAAACCACGAUUAAACCUGCCUUGGAAGAAGAGUUCUACAAUGACCCUUCUUCACUCACCGACAUAACCUCAUUGUUGUCUACUACACCAACUCCGCCGCUCAGAGGACCUCCGGCAGCUACCCGGAUCCCAGCGGAAACAUUCGAAUUAAUCUUCUAUCAUCUUAAAGAUAUCAUCAUGACACUCCCCUUGCCUGAUCUACCCAUCCGAGCCAAAACCCCUACUACAUACAAUGAAGACAUCGAAAAUCAACGACUAACCAAUGAAGAGGUGAUGACUUACAAGAGGUUCUUGGUGAAGAAGCAGUUGAACGACUUGGGGAAAGUAUGUAAAAACUGGAGAGAUAGAACAAAAGAUGUUAGGAAUGGGAAUGAGGUUAUUAUUAUUGGAGAGAACGAUGGACAUAGAGCUUUCAAAAGACCCUCGGCAUGGUUCCCUCUUGAUUUCAACCGACCACUCGACCUCACUGUUCAAGUGACUUUACAGACUUUCAUCAAGAUAAUCAACUCUCUCACCCAGCUCCACCCUAUGGUUAGGAUCAACAAACUCACUGUCCUCCAUUCAUUCAGACCGGAAGGUAGACCCAACGAACUCUACGAUCCACCCCAAGAGGAAGGUGGACAACCGAUGAUAUCCAAUGAUAGGAUUGACCGAUUAUUGUCGAAAAUCAAACCCCUAUCGGUUCAUGUAGAAUGGUACGCUGGCGAAGAUAUCCUAACGAAGAACUGUAUCAACUCCAUUGCCAAGACUCUGAAGCGAAAUUUUAUGGAUCCUGAGAUCUUGGAAGAGAAGAUGAAUGCAAUGAAGGUAAAGACAGGAAAUUACAAUCUGCCUCACGAUUGGGAUAUCAAAAAUGAUUUAUCGAAAGCGAUGACUAAUAGAAUGUUGAUUGUUUGGAGGCAAUGUAUGAUUGACUUUGCGUUAAGAGCAAAUCACAUGAUGAUUUUACAAGAGUUACGAGAAUCAGCCAAUUUCGGAGUUAUCGAUAAUUUCGAUUAUCACUUUGUCAGUGUACCUUUACGGACCAUCAAGAAAUCUCAUCCGCUCCCUGUUCCAUACGAUUCACCUAUCCCGCCGAUGGGAUCAUUACGAUCAAUCGAUAAUAUCCUCUUGUGGGACCUCAGAUGGAGAGAUCCAAAAUGGAUGAGAAGGAGAAACAAAGCUGUCGCAGUGGAGAGGGGCGAGACAUACAGUUGGAAGGAUAAUAUUCCCUCGCCACCGAUCGAGUGGACCGUAUGGGGAUCAUUUGAUAUCUGGAAACAACAAAAGGAUCGAAGACAAUUCAAAGGCGAAGGAAAAGACAUACCUUGGAAAGGUGAUACCAGAGAAAUCGACGAAGCUCUCGCUCAAUUCUUUAUGGAAAGAUCGAAGAAAUGGAUCAAACCUUAUGAUUGGAUAUAUAAGAGUGAAAAAGAGAAUUUUCAAGAGAUGAUUCGAUUUGUGGUUGAAAGGAAUCAUAAAGUCAAGAAACCACCUAAAUCAUUUAACAAUAACACGUUUCUUUUGGCUUUACAUAAAGAAGGAAAGAUUUUGGAUGAGGAUGUGAUCAAAGCGAGAAUAUUAGAAGUUAAGAUGAAAGGGAGAGAAGAACAAUUGAGAAACAUGAAUGAAGAGAUGUUCCUGCUGAAUCAGCCUGAAUCGAACCAAUUUGAAUAUAAUGAGUUAUAUAUCAGAGAAUGGUUGAAAUUGCAGACGGAGCAAGAGAAGAAGUUGUUGGUGGAGAAGCUAAGAAGGAAAUAUAAAUCGAAGGGGCUGUAUACCAAGAUGAAUUGGCCACUUUAUCAUCCUAAUCAACCAGGAGUGAAAUUCUGUGUGGAACCGAGAAUCAUAUAA